AUGAUUGCAGAGAAACCUAGUUGGGUUAGGCAUUGCGGCACACAGAUUUUCUCAAUUGAUGUUCAGCCUGGUGGCCUCAGGUUUGCUACUGGCGGCGGUGAUCAUAAGGUUCGCAUUUGGAACAUGAAAUCUGUUGGCCGGGAACUUCAAAUCGAGGACUCGUCAUCCAAACUCCUUGCAACUCUCCGUGACCAUUUCGGCUCCGUUAAUUGUGUUAGGUGGGCCAAGAAUGGCCGUUAUCUUGCAUCUGGAUCUGACGAUCAAGCUAUUCUCAUCCAUGAAAGGAAGCCCGGUUCGGGGACAACAGAAUUCGGCAGUGGAGAGCCACCCGAUGUUGAGAAUUGGAAAGUUUCCAUGACUUUGAGAGGACACACUGCCGAUGUGGUGGAUCUCAAUUGGUCCCCAGAUGAUUCAACAUUGGCCAGUGGGAGCCUUGAUAACACUGUCCAUAUUUGGGACAUGAAUAAUGGAGUAUGCACCACCGUUCUGCGAGGCCAUUCUAGUCUGGUCAAAGGUGUGGCCUGGGAUCCUAUUGGCUCGUUCAUAGCAAGCCAAUCGGAUGACAAGACUGUCAUAAUUUGGCGGACGAGUGAUUGGAGCCUUGCUCAUAGAACUGAUGGCCACUGGGCCAAAUCUCUUGGCUCCACUUUUUUCAGACGGCUUGACUGGUCUCCGUGCGGCCAUUUUAUUACCACAACUCAUGGUUUCCAAAAGCCCAGGCAUUCAGCUCCCGUUCUCGAGAGAGGGGAAUGGUCCGCUACUUUCGACUUCUUGGGACACAAUGCUCCCAUUAUUGUUGCCAGAUUCAAUCACUCAAUGUUUAGAAGGAAUGCCUCGAAUUUGCAUGAUCUGAAAAAUGCGUCUGCCGGUUGGUCUAAUGGCUCUGCUAAGCCCGAAGGGAAAGAUUCCCAGCCGUACAAUGUAAUCGCGAUUGGAAGCCAGGACCGCACAAUAACUGUGUGGACCACCGCCAGCCCCCGUCCACUAUUUGUGGCUAAACAUUUCUUUUCUCAGAGUGUGGUGGAUUUAACUUGGAGCCCUGACGGUUUUUCACUUUUCGCUUGUUCCUUGGACGGGACGGUGGCCACUUUUCAUUUUGAUGCGAACGAAAUCGGACAUAAACUAACCGAAUCCGAAUUACAAGGCCUGAAAAGAAACCGUUACGGAGACGUCAGGGCCCGCCAGGGGAGUUUAGCUGAGACCCCGGCACAGCUGAUACUGGAAGCAGCAUCCACAAAGCAAAAUCCGAGUAAAAAGACGAAUGUACCCAUCCCCAAGAGGCAGACCUCUCCAAAACCUGCGGUUGAUUUAGCCAUCACUGCAAAAGCGAGCAAGACCACUGUCAGUGACGGAAAGAAAAAAACUGAGGAUGCUAUCAUCAAGGAUAGGCCAAGUAAAGUGGUCCCGUCCCGGAUGGCGAGCCCGGUAAAGCAGAAGGAGUACAGGCGGCCUGAUGGCCGGAAGAGGAUAAUACCGGAAGCGGUUGGGGCCACCGCCCAUAAUCAGGAGAUUCAAAGCUCCAUUGGGGCUCAACCUGAAAAUCUCGAAUUUAGUGGGAAGUCAUUAGAUCAAGUAAAUGGGACGAGACAUGACGAUGGUUUUAGAGAACCAUCCAUAAGGAAAACGGUAAGUUCUACGGCUAAAGCCUCUAUUAGCGAAAGCUUGGUGAUCGAGAGGGUUCCAGCUAGUGGGAGUAAGGAAAACAGUAAUAAUGUUGAGCAGGUUGGGUACCAAGUUUCUGGAAGUGUUCUCUUGAUUAGAGUGUUUGAUAAGAAACAAGGGAAGGAUGUUGUCCCUGUGUGCUUGGAAGCUCGGCCGAGAGAGCAUGCGGUUAAUGAUAUUGUGGGAGCAGGAAGUACUUUUGUGAUUAAAGAAACAGAACUUUCUUGCACAAGAGGGUCUCAGAGUGUUUGGGCUGAUAGGUUAUCUGGGAAGGUCACUGUCUUGUCUGGUAAUUCAAACUUUUGGGCCGUCGGUUGUGAGGAUGGGUCCCUCCAGGUUUACACGAAAUGCGGGAGACGUGCCAUGCCUACCAUGAUGAUGGGCUCCUCUGCUGUUUUUAUCGAUUGUGACGAGUCGUGGAAGUUGUUGCUUGUCACAAAAAAGGGGUCUGUAUACAUCUGGGAUCUUUUUAAUAGGACGUGCCUUCUUCAUGAUUCCUUGGAUUCGUUAAUAACUGCAGAUCCAAAGUCCAACUCUAAGGAUACUGGUACAAUUAAAGUCAUAUCUGCAAAAUUAUCAAAAUCUGGAUCUCCACUUGUUGUUUUGGCCACGAGGCAUGCGUAUCUCUUUGACAUGAGUCUUAUGUGUUGGCUAAGAGUGGUAGAUGAUUGUUUUCCAGCGUCGAAUUUUGCGAGCUCUUGGACUUUGGGUUCGACUCAUGGUGGUGAGCUAGCCUCUCUGCAGGUUGAUGUCAGAAAGUUCCUGGCACGUAAACCUGGAUGGAGCAGAGUGACUGAUGACGGCGUGCAGACUCGUGCUCAUUUGGAGGCUCAGCUGGCAUCUGCACUCGCUUUGAAUUCCCCAAUCGAAUACCGACAGUGUCUUCUAUCCUACAUUCGGUUUUUAGCCAGGGAGGCAGACGAGUCUCGUUUACGCGAAGUUUGUGAAAGCUUCCUUGGACCUCCCAUUGGAAUGGUCGAACCUGGAUCAGAUCCAAAGAUACCUGCAUGGGACCCUUUUGUACUUAGUAUGAAUAAGCAUAAGCUCCUUAGGGAAGAUAUUCUUCCAGCCAUGGCCUCAAACAGAAAGGUCCAACGGCUGCUCAACGAGUUCAUGGACCUUUUAUCCGAAUACGAGACUGCAGACCCAACGCUCGACCCAUCCCCACUGGAAAAGGAUAAUAUGGACAUUGACACUCCUUUACCCAAUAAAACAAAUUCCGAAGCCCAAUCUCAAACUACUGAGCGAGCUGUCGAUACCAUCGAUCAUACUCACCAAACAACCGAUCAAACGGACACCAUAACGCCGAAACCCGUUCAGGCGGUUUGUCCUCCACCUGAGGUUGCAAAUAAUGUGCAAAACACAAAAGACCUAAUGAAAGUGGAUCCACCAAGAUUGGAUCAAAUGGAAAAAGUUGGAACCCUCGAGUAA